AUGCGAGAAUCUACUAAUCAAGAAGAUCAAAAUCAGGAUUUCCUAAUGGUCCCAGUUUCAAGGCCACUUCAUUUGGAUACAACUGCUUUAUCAAGACCUCAGAGCCCAUAUCAUAUGGUAAGUUAGGAGCCCAAAAAAAGAGAGAGAAAAAAUAGAAAAAUCUAAAAAGUAUAAUGAAAAUUUCCGCUCAAUCUGAGCAUUUUAUGUAUACGCAUUUUCGAGAUAUUGUACUUUCCAGCCCCUUUUCUACAAAAUUCUAUACAAUUUCCUAUUUCUCCUCCCCUUUUUCAAUUUUCUGAAAAUGUUUUGAAAAAAAAAUGAAUAAUAACAAAACAACGACGGAAACAUAAGAAGAACAAUAUGGAAAAAAUCAAUCAUUUUGUCAAAAAUUAUAUAUUUUCUUAUAAGAAGGCGGUGCUCUCUUCUAAUUGAAAAAGAAAGGUAAAAAUAGUUAGAAUAAGUUAGGCUAAGUACAAGAAAUCCAUUGCUUGCGUAGACGGAAAUUGUCUAGAAAAAAACAAAUUGGGCGAAUUUUUUAUGGGGGAAAGUAAAUAAUGAAAUAGGUGCCAGCAUCAUGACUGGAAAAUUGAUAAGAAUCGAUUUAUUCCCAAAAUUUAGUUUUUUGGCUAGUCAUUUACAUAUUUAUUUAUUUAUUUAUUAGUCAUCGAGUUUUCGUUCAAAAUUUUCACUGAAAAAUGUCCGGCAUUUAUUUAAGACCACCAAGUCGAACGAUUGAUGUGAGUUUUGAGUUUUUACAAAUGAUCAAAAUGAGAAAAAUGUUGGUCUUUUAACCAAAAAAGUGACGAGAUCUUGGAAUUUUGAAAAGUGUCACGCAAAAAAUUAAUCUACUUGUACGUUUGUCGCGCAUUUUAAAUUUUGAAAUUUGAAUUUUUGUUUCGCAAAAAUAUUGAAAUUAAAAACGUCAUACGAAAUGAGUAUUUUUAGAAUUUUCCAGUAAUCGGGCCAGGUUCAAAGUUUUCACUCAAGCUUGGAAUUCUUGAAUUUCAUUCAUAUUUCAUUUUUUUUUAAUUUUCCCAGGUUCAUCCUAAUUUUCUGCAAAAACGAAACCAAAGUCCAUAAAAUCUGUUGGUAUACUUUGUUUUUCAUGCGCUUGAACUAUUGGAAACUCCAAUUUUUUCCCGGAAAAUUGUAUUUUUAUUAAUUAAUAAGCACAAAAAAUUUCGAGAAAAACAUGUUUACAAGAUAGUAUAGUAAUAACCAAAAAACUAAUGAUCAAGCUCAAAAAUAUUCCAGGAUCAUUCACCAGCUCUUUCACAAAAGAUCAAAGUUCCAAAACGGCAAUAUUCUCAAGGAGAAGAUCCACUUCGUCGAAUGGCAACACCAGUUUUUGAUAAACAUGAACAAGAAACUCGAAAAAAGGGACCAUCAUCUGCAGCUACAGUACUCGCAAUGUCUGGACUUUUUGUUGUUGGAACAACUUUGAUUUUGAGUGGAAUUAUUGUUUUGAUUGUGGUAAGGAGGAGAAAUGAGAUACUGGGAGCAAUAUUGAACUAUACAGAGAUUUGACAUAGUCAAGUAGUCCGAGUUUAUCAGAGUUGUCAAAUAAUUGUAUGCUUUCACUGUUUUUGUGAUCCGAUUUUCUUUCAAUAUUUACCCAAGAAUCCAAAUCCCUAUAUUUUACAUUUCAAAUCGGGAAGAAGAAGAAGAACAUUUUGAAUUGAAACAAACAAUCCACUAGUAUCAUUGGGAUUUAUCCUUCUUGCAAAAAUAGUUUGAAAAUAGAAGAGAGUGUUCGAGAAAGAGAACAAUGAUAAAAAGUGAAAAUCUCUUUUAUGAAUUUCGAUUUUUCCCCAUCGAACACGGUUUUUUUCUUCAUCUCAUCCGGUUUGAGAUUUUCGGUGAUCAAAAUUUUUGCUUUUCUUGAAAAAAAAACUUUGAUAAAUAUGUCUGGAAUUUUUGAGUGAGAUGAAAACUUGAUUUUCCCCCAAAUAUUUUAGUGGGAGAUAGAAAAAGAGAGAGAGAGAGGAAGUUGCAAUCAAAGUUGAUAAGAAAUUUGCCUAAUCUCAAAAUUUUAUUCAUUUUUUUCUGCAUUUAUCAUUUACGGCUAAUUGAAUCGAAUUAGGUUGUGAUGAAAAGGAAGACUGGUUUGGAUUUCAGAUAAUUUUGAGCUUUUUAAAAAGUUUGUGUCUUGAAGUUUGGUCUAUAUUUUAUAGAUUUCGGAAAAUAAUAAAAAAGAAAAACCUGUUGGAAGAUGGGAUUUGCGAAGAUACAAAAAGUUGUACUAAUUUUGAUAUUCAGAAAAUGUUAUGGAAUUUUUUCAGAACUGCAAAAUAGAUUGAACAAAAAAAUUGAGGGGUUUUUUAUUCCGAAGAUAAAUUUGAGAAAAUAAAGUUGAGGAACGAUCUAAUUUUCUAGUACCUGGAAAUGUUGUUGUGAACCGUUCAGCUUUGUGAAAAAAAUGCGAAAAAAGAGAUUCCUGACUCCCAAAUUUUCGAAGUACUAUAAAACCAGGGUUCCAAAAAAAAAUCAGAAAAACUUUAUGACCCCAAAAAUUAUUUCCGAAAACACAAAUCCUGCAGAAAUCACAACAUCAUUUCAAAAAAAAACUCCAGAAUUUCAGAAACUCUAUUGUAAACAAUCUGACAUCAUUUUCCACUUCUGAUUCAAUAAAAACAGAAAACUAAUAUCCAAAACUACAAUUUGAUGUUUUUUUCCAGCAAACCGAAACUCCAUUCGUCAUCACCGGUUGUCUUUUUCUUGGCGUCGGCGUUUCAAUGCUUCUCGUCUGCGUCAUCCUCCAACGCAAAAAUUUGGUGAAAUUCGUCUUGGAUCUCAACCGCGAUUUGUAUUUCUUAAAUAUGAGCAAAUCUGUGAUGUGGAAAUUAAUGUUUGAAAUGGGAAAUGGAUUACCAUUGUCGCAAGAUGAUGACUAA